UGGGGUCAACCAUCCAGAGAUGGGGUACUCUAACUGCAGAGUACUAUAAAGGAGUAUGAAGAUUUAGGCUUUUACUACCAGCAAGAACACCAGAGCAAAGAAAAGUCACCUUGAACUUUACACAUUGUUGUGAUAAAGUAGAAGGUUCUCAUUUUGAGCUCUGAAUCCCCAAGAAAACAGAAAUUUUUUUAACGUUUUGAGUAGUAAUGGAAUCAGAAGAGGCUGUGUCAGCACCUUCAACACCAAUGACACCGGGGACUCCCGGUGCUCCACUCUUUGGAGGGUUCAGGCAUGAGAGAGCUGGCAAUGGCAGAAACUCCCUUCUUAAGAGCUGCAAAUGCUUCAGUGUGGAAGCAUGGGCUUUAGAGGAAGGAAGCUUGCCUUCUGUCUCAUGCACAUUGCCCGCUCCUCCGGUUUCACUAGCAAGAAAGGUGGGAGCAGAGUUCAUAGGGACUAUGAUACUAAUCUUUUCAGGAACAGCCACAGCCAUUGUCAACCAAAAGACUCAAGGGACUGAAACCCUCCUCGGCCUGGCUGGUUCCACCGGCCUUGCUGUUAUGAUUGUCAUUCUCUCCACCGGCCACAUCUCCGGAGCUCAUCUCAACCCUGCUGUCACUAUCGCCUUUGCUGCUCUCAAACACUUCCCCUGGAAACAUGUUCCAGUUUAUGUUGGGACACAAGUGAUGGCAUCAUUGGGGGCAGCAUUCAUACUAAAGGCAGUUUUCCACCCCAUAAUGGGUGGAGGUGUAACAGUUCCUUCUGGGAAUUACAUUCAAGCUUUCGCUUUGGAAUUCAUCAUCAGCUUCAUCCUCAUGUUUGUUAUUACUGCAGUUUCCACCGACACUCGAGCUGUUGGAGAGCUUGCAGGAAUAGCAGUAGGAGCCACUGUCAUGGUCAACAUACUUAUAGCUGGGCAAACAACUGGAGCUUCAAUGAACCCAGUACGAACUCUCGGACCAGCAAUAGCUGCAGGAAACUACAGAGCUAUAUGGAUCUACCUAACUGCCCCCAUCCUUGGUGCCCUUGCCGGGGCAGGUGUUUAUUCUGCAGUUAAACUGCCUGAUGAAGAUGGCGAAAAUCAUCAAAAGCCCUCAGUUGAACACAGUUCCAGAAGGUGAUCCAUGAAACCCUCAUUACACCUAAUAAAACAAAAAGGAAAAUUUCUAUGGUGCAAUGUGUGGACCACUGGACCAUACACACUUCCUUGGUAUCAUGUGUUUUUCACUUUGAUACUAUAUAGCUUUAGCAUUGGUACCAUCACAUUAUAAUUUGAAUAUUGUUCUAAAACUUCAAUCCUGUGGUAUAAAAACUAUAUUGCUGUGGUAUCAAAUACUUUAGUACCAAAGCCACACUACGACAAAGCUAUAUAGAAUCAAAGUUGAGCAUGUGGUACCAAAAAAGUGUGCACCAUAGAGAAGUCCAGAAAAAAAAUGAUGUGUUAGAUAACGGUCAAAUGCUAUAAAUAAAAGUGGUGGGUAGAUGUGGAAGGUCUACAUAUUUGAGAAAACAUAAUGGUGGAGGUAGGAAGAGAAAAAUGCUAUAAAUAAUUGUAUUCUCUCAAGUUUGAGAAGAGAAUUUGCAUUUGGCAAAUGAAUAAAGCAUCCGGCAUGGUACACUAUGGAUGAAAAAGAGAACAGGUUAAGCUUCACAAGUUUUUAUAAAGGUACAAAAUAUUGCAAUGUGUUAUAAAAUCCCUUCACAUUUUUCAUCUGUCACUCUUAUCAGAUAACAUCAUUGUACGUUCACUGAUUCACAUAGGUAUGAAAGUGACAAUAAAGAUCUAUGUAUGUUCCCAGAUAAAUGAAAA